CUGACUCGUAAGCAAACAAGGUGGGUUGUCGCUUCCUCAUUUUCAAGUCCUGCUCCUCAUGGGAGCCAGAAAUCUCUUUCAAGCUUCACAUCACAAAGGGCUCCCCAGUGAGCAGUGGGUCUCCGUCCCCCUCUCCAGGGGCCCUUGGAUGGGACCUUGUUCUGGAAAGGAGCCAUGGACCUCUGGCUUUGGUCACUGUACUUCCUGCCAGUGUCUGGUGCUCUGAGAGUCCUUCCAGAAAUAAAGCUGGAAGGAGUGCUGGGAGGAUCCAUUGUCAUCGAGUGCCCACUUCCUGAAACACCUGUGAGGCUAUAUCUAUGCCGGACAAUGGCUUUGUCUGGAACCUGCACCACCGUGGUGUCCAACAAGAAUUUUGUCCUGGAGGAAUUCAAACACCGAGUCACCCUGGAGCUGUGUCCAGACAGGAAACUGUUCCUGGUGGAGGUGACAGAGCUGACCGAGAGAGACAGCGGGGUCUACGCCUGUGGGGUGGGCAUGAACACAAAUCGGGGCAAGACCCAGCAGGUCACUCUGACUGUUCACAGCGAUUACAGGCCAUUCUGGGAAGAAGAUCCGAUGCCGGAGCCUCCAGCAUGGUUUAAUAGGUUUCUCCAAAUGCAUAUGCCUCCUCCUUGGUUCAAGACGCCUGCAUAUGCCAGCCCUUUCGAAUUCAUACCCAAAGAAACCUCACCAUCUCAAAGGACCAAGGCCCCUCCAGCACACCACACCUCCCCCACCACCUCAGUCACCCACCACCCUCGAGUUUCCAAGGCAUCUUCGGUAGCAACGGCUGAGCCCACAACCCUCCUGCCACCCACCACAGCCUUAAAAACCUCAGCCCGGGAAACAUUGCUCAGGCCCCAGACGGCCAGCUACAACCAUCAAACCCGGCUUCACAGGCAGAGAGCCUUCAACCAACGCCUAGGUCCGGUGUCCAGGAUGCGAGAGCAAGGAUUCCACGUACUGAUCCCUGCCGCCCUGGGUUUCAUCCUGCUGGCACUUCUGGUGCUGCUGGCGAGAAGGGUCUUUCAAAGGAGGAAAGCUCUCUCCAGGCGGGUCCGCCGACUGGCAGUGAGGAUGCGCGCCCUGGAAGCCUCCCAGCGGCCACGCAUAUUGCAGAGAGCGCGCACCCAAAAUAAUGUCUACAGUGCCUGCCCUCGGCGCCCUCGGGGGGCGGACGCUGCUGGUGGUCAGCAGGCAGGUCAAGGGGCGGCACCUCCACUAGGCUCCGCAGCGCUGGCGACCUCGCCCCCUCCGCAGGUGACUGAAACUCCCUGGCUCCAUGCCCCGUCUCUGAGGAUCGGCUGUGAAUAUGUGAGAUUUUACCACCAGCCUGCUGCCGAGAUGGGGGACACCAAUUCUGAUGACUAUGUCAAUGUUCCCUGCCGGACCCUCCGCUCCAACUGUCCCCCUGGGCCCAGACCUUGGUGCCAAUGAGUCUUGUCUGUCUGCUGGUUUCCAGCACCUGCUCCAUCUGUUUUCCCAGCCCUCACUACCUCCCACAUCCCACCUCAAGUUUCCAUCUGUUUGCCUUGAGGCAUAGCUCAGUCCCCCUCCCCCAGAUCUUCUUGCACAUCUUGGCAGCCCCCUGUGGGUUUCAGGCGGGCUCUGGGAGCACAGAGCACAUGUCCUGAUGCCUCCUGCUUCCUUUCCAAGUCACGCAGGUUGUGGGAUUUGCAGAGUGUCUUUUUUUUUUUUUUUUUUUUUUUUGUCUUUUUGCCUUUUCUAGGGCCGCUCUGUCGGCAUAUGGAGGUUCCCAGGCUAGGGGUCUACUCAGAGCUAUAGCCACCGGCCUACACCAGAGCCACGGCAACAUGGGAUCCGAGCCACAUCUGCGACCUACACGAUAGCUCACGGCAACGCCAGGUCCUUAACCCACUGAGCAAGGGCAGGGAUCAAACCCAAAACCUCAUGGUUCCUAGUCGAAUUCGUUAACCACUGCGCACGACGGCAACUCCUUUUUUUUUUUUUUUUUUUUUUUUGUAUGUAUCUUUGACCCCAGGGUCCUUACUGCCCUGGCUCUAGACCCCAUGGCGUGGAAGCUGGAGCUGUUGCUUUGAAAGCCCUUCUCAGGCUGGAGCUUCACACCAAUUGAAGGUGCCUGGACUGCUUUGUGAGGACAUGCUUCAGCCUUGAGCUUGGAAGGGGCCUUGUUAUGAAACACCCCUGACUUUGCCCUGACCUUAGGGCUGGCGCUUACUAGUGAGCUUCUAUUCAUCCUAAGUCCGAUGGCCAGGGCAGUUUACCUUGAUGUGAUGAAGGGCUAUAAAUUUUCAGAACCGUGCUUGUUAGUGCUGGUGAUGGAUGUAUAUAUCCUCUUUACUCUAAGUCUGCCUCCCUUAAGGCACGUAAGUACACUAACUCUGGUCUUUCCCUUCUUUUAGAAAUAGAAUCGUUUUGGUCAUCUCUUUAUCCUUCUUCCAUAGCCUAGAACUGAAAUCGGUGCCUUUAUCUAGCAUUGGUCUAUGUGAGCUGUCCAAAACCAUUGCAUCUCUGCUUUCAAAAUGCACCUCAUCCAUUUGCUAGUCUAGGCAACUUAGAGCCCAGCGGGGCAGGAAAGUGAUCUGGGAUUCCCGCAAGGCCAGGUGUUCUGCAGUAGCACUCACGUCAUGGAAGACGAGACAUCCCACCUCCUGCACCUACUCAUUCUCUUAAGUGUUCUGAGCAAGGGCAGAGUUAGGCAGACAUUCUAUCUUUGGACUGAAAUCAGCUACCAAGUUCGGCCAGAGCUUAAGACUAGAGAAUACCCAAUCUUGCUUUUAGGAGGAAGGUCUUUCCCAGACACACACCUCAGUUUUACUGGACCCUUGUCCAGUGAUAGAAAGGAAAGCCUCCCAACUUGAGGUCCCUGCCUUUUAUGAGCAGGGGAUGUCAUCACAGGUGGGACAGUGCAUCCAGGUAUGAUGACACCAUCCACAGAGUCACCUUGGCACUGGUACCCUCCCAAGUGGCAGAUAAGGGAAGAGUGAGUAGAUGAGACAGAGAUUAUCCAAAGGGCAGGGAUGGCGGGAGUGUAGGGGGGAGAGGGGUAAGAAAUGCUGUGUUUAGGGAGCAUCUUCUUUGUGCUGGGCACCCCCCGCAUAUUAUAUCCUUUAUCAUUUAUGUUUCAAACCAGCGCCCUCACCUCUGUUCCUGGAGAUGUUAUGACAGUGUGAUUUCCAUGCCCUAAAGUUCCACUUCAUAUCCCAACAUUCCUCAUUGUUCCUCAACCAUUCAAAGACAGGUUUCAAAACAUCCAAUUUAUUAAGCAUUUACUGAGCACCCAUCGUUACUCCACACAGCAGCAAGGAUGGUGGAGGAUGACAGAGAUGUGUGGGGGCACCAUCCUUGCAGCCUCCUCCCAACUUUCAAUCUGACAAAUAAAUAUGACAUCAGUUAAAACACUGAUAGGAAUUAAAUAGAGUUGUAAUAAAUAGAGGAAU